AAGAUGUGGUGACAUGUAUACAGCAGUCAGUACUUCAGACAAUGAAUUCUACUUUUGGGGAACACGCUUUAAAACUCCGCCCACCGCCAUGGAUGACACACAGAGAAGUACCAACAGUAUUAAUGACAUUGCAGACACAAAAACUUCAGAGAGUGGAAAUGCAAGUCGUCCUAACUCCAGCAAACCGUCUCACUCUCGGCAGCCUAGUAUGUCCAGUAUGAAGAGCCUCAACAGUUCCAAUGAAAUUGCUCAGGAAAAACUGUCACUCACCAGUAGGGGAGGUUCUGCUGGGUCCACUGCAGUGGAGUCCACUGUGGUCCCUCCAUUUAGUGACCGUCAGCUGAGUAAUGACAGUGUGGUAUCUCAAUCUCAGGACCUACUCAAUACUAGCCAUGAUAGUGGGACAAGCACAUCUCGGGGAUUUAGACCUAUCAGUAGCACACCACGCCGCCUUAACAGUGCCGGCACCAACAGUGGAUCUGGAACAGCCAGAGACAAGACACGUGAGAAGGAGCAGGAGAAAGAGAAAGAACUGAAUAAGGAUGAGACUGACCUGGUCCUACAACCAACACAUUUACUUAUGCUCAAUGUUACUUCUGAUGGUGCAUCAGCAGAUACAGUACUGCUGUCUAACUUUUGUUGCCACGGUGAAAAUCUCUUUGUUCAGGUUGAAACAACGGCCCCUCCACCCAAGAAGAAAAUGAAGAAAAAGAAGUCAUUUAGGAAAAGAAUCAGCACCAAUACAUUGGAAGUUCCUGAAAAAAUAUACAGCAGGGAUACUGUGGAUGAAUAUUCCUCAGAAACUUCAGAAAUGGACACAUAUGGCACUAAACAUUUGGCAGGCAGCGAAGGUAAAGUCUGCGAGAGCAGUAGAAAUGUGGCUGGCAGUACAGAUUACCAUGGAGACAGUGUGAUUCCUGCCUGGAUAAAGAAUGAGCUUGCUCUCUCAGAGAUGGAUAUCAAAGAUGGUAAUGAGCCAGAUGACACAACUGACCAAUCAGAUGAGGAUAUUCCUGGAAAAAUGCUGGACUCUUCCAGGUCUAGUAUUCAGGUCAACAAGGACCUCAAACCAGAUAAAAAGAAAAGUGUGGAUAAGAGUGGCACAGGGAGCAAAAAGAAUGGAGGGAAAUUAAAGGAGUCUGUGAUAUUCAAAGAUGACCAUAGGCCACAUGCACUCCAGGUGCGUGGCAGUUCUUCUGGAGUGGAGAGCGGUGUGGAGUUCACCCCUGUGGAUCCCAUGUCUAGUAGUAGCUCCAGUGAUAACCUACAAGGAGCAAUCAGUGCUGCCAAGACCCCAAAAGCAUCUGACCCCACUCCAGUGUCUAGGGCCCAGCUAGCAGCACAGCAGCCAAGGAAGGCUUCUCUCUCUCCAUACAAGACCAGAGUAGGGUCUACACAGAUAGCAAAGUCAGUGAGGUCUAGAGCUGUGGGGAAAGGCAGAGGCAAGGGAGCGGAGUCAGGGCGGGAUGCACCCCCUUCCCCAAGAGGAUUUUUAUCUGAAGUCACUUACAAAAGGAGGGAGGAGAAUCUAACAACUGAACUUGAAAGACUAAAAGAUGAGAAGAGACGAACAGAAGAAAGGUUGAGAGAAAUGGAAGAUAAAUAUAAGCUUGAACAGGCCAUAUUAAAGCAGCAGGCAGAGAAAGCUGCAAAAGAAAGGGAACAAAGUUUGCAAUCUGAAAUAAAGCUGCUACGAUCUGAACUCUCAAAACAAAGUGACAAAAUGCAAGCUAAUUAUGACAUUGUGAUGUCUCUGCAGCAACAACUAGUCCAAGUGCAGGCUGACCAAGUAAAGAUGAACUCCAGGGACUCCAGCCCAGGGCGUGCCAGGAGUGCCCAGUCAAGGCGGUCCCAGUCAGGGCAAAAGGAGAGCAAGAUCUGUGUGCUGCAGUGAGCCACUAUGGCCGCACGAAACCUCUUUUGGUGCUUACCUGCCUCAGUUAUGAGCAGCAAGGAGUUCAGUAAUCUCCUUGAUAAUCAACUGUCUGUCUUUUCACCAACUGUUGUCAGAGUUACAAAACCUGUUGUCAUAGUUACUACAGCUGUUGUCAUAGUUACCAGCAGUUUCCCUGAUAUCCAUUUAUAUUAUCUCUAAGAUGAGCAGUGGUGUACUCAGUGACCAUCUUUUGCUGUUUUCAGCUGUCAUUAGUGUUACAGGACUUUGAGGCAAUUUAGAAGAUGGACAUGUCAUAACUAUACAUAUAUCUAUAUCUAUGAAUAGAAUACCAAAAAUAACAUUCUCACUGAAUUAUUGUCAGCUGACAGCAACAACAAUGCUAUGAAGAGAACAUUGUAUAGAUUACCUAUAGAGUUUACAGACCAGGUAUAUUCUUCAGUUUGGUAUUCACUUGGAUUCCCCCUUUUUUGUCAUUUUAAACACACUAAAUUGGACUCUAAUUCAGACAGAUAUUAGAUUUUCAUUAUGGGAUGAAAUUUAAACAAGGACCCUGUUUGUGUGUGUCAUUUGUUUGUAUUUGUUAUUUGGUAUAUUUUACUGUAGUCACUCCGUCCAGUGAAAUGCCAAAAGAAGCUUGUGCAAUUGGCUUACUGUCUCUUUCAAGAAUUUUAAAAUGUCACGAAAAAGAUUUUCUUUUAAUGUGAAGAACAAGUAUAAAGUUGAACAAAGGAAGACUGUGAUUUCUAGCAAAAAGCAUGGUUCCCAUGUAAAGUUGCAUAUUUACAAAAAUAUCAAUAGAAAAGUUAUUUCCAGACAAUAGGCUGUCUGGGUAUUUCUCCGUCCAUGCAGUUAAUUUAAAAGUGGCUUGAAGCUAUCAGCAGAGGAUUUUUGCAAAGAUUGAAUUAUUUUUACAUAGUAUUUUUGAAUAUCUUACAUAUAACCAAUUUGUAUAUUUGGUUUGGAUGCAUUUUAUUAAAAAAGAUAAGAUCUUAUGUUCAUUUGGGAAAAAAGUUUUAAAUAAAAAGAUGUAUGUUGAUUUUUUUUACUGUUGAACAGAAGAUGAUAUUAUUGUCCUGAAGAUGGGUUACCUUUUAUAAUUGUCUAUCUGUAAGUAAACCAGUAGAAGGAUACCAGAUGAGGUUAAUUGCAAUCAAACUGCAAUAAACAAAGAUAGAGCUCAACAGACUAUAAGCUGGUUGCUUCAUAUGAAGCAAUAAUGUAGCAAGUUUCAACACCAAUAUAUUCUUCUAAAUGAUGUGAAAUGUUAUGUCAAAGUCUGUAUUCUGAAGAAGAACCACAGGUUUCUUUUACCUUAGCACACGUAGGAAAAUAAUGAGCAGUCCAUGUGCUUCACAAUGAAUCCUCAGUAAUGUAAAUUUGAUUAGUCAGCCUUUCGAUACCAAAUUUGAUAGUGUAAAAUGUUUGAAAAUGUUAUUAUGACAUAUCUUUACCAACUUCUGUUGAAAAAUUUUUUUUUAUAAACGGUAACUGUUGCAAUGCAUCACUUAUAAGAAAAUACAGAGAAUUAUAGUGUAUAGUAUUUAUAUGGAUGUAAAAUAUACAGAUAUACAGAGAAAAUAUAUAGUGCAGACAGGCUGUUUAAAUAAUUUUUAUAUAUAUCAUAUAUUUGACAUACUUUUUAAACUGCACAUUUCAAAGUAUGUAUGAUGUUGAAUAUUGCCUUGAAUCUGUUGCAUUAAAACAAUAUAAGAGAAAAGUGAUCUUUUUAAUUUUUUUAACAUAAAUUUUACUCCUUUACGUGCUUCUAUAAAAAUAGGUAAUUGCUUUAAAGUGAAUGUAAUAUGCCAUUUGUGAAGCAGAUUAAAGAAAACAAAUGGAAUAUA